AUGAUCGUUGACGUGGAGAAAGCAUUCCACAUGAUAUACCUCCAAGAAUCCGAAAGAGACUGUGCAGAUUUCUCUGGCUUAAAAACGUCAAUCGACCUCCAACUCAGGACAAUGUACAACUUCUUACGAUUUUGUCGUCUACCCUUCGGAAUAAACGCUUCACCAUUUCUUCUUGGAAUAUCCAUUCAAUAUGGAAUUGAACAGCAAAAACAUCAAGAUGACACCAUUACCCAGCGACUUAUUGAGAACCUAUACGUGGACAACGUCCUUAUGCUCGAUUAUUCAACAGAAUCUCUUCUUGCCACCUAUCACGCGUGCAAGAAUAUAUUCUCCAAACAUGUCAAUGAAUCUUCGCCAAUUCAUUACAAACGACGCAGAUUGUAA